UGAUCAUUGAUCCAUUCUCUCCAAUCUAUAAUCUUCUUCAUUUCAUUUCCUUUUAAGCCAAUAUUAUCAUCAAUAUAUACAUCACUUUGUGCUCUCAUAGCACCGACACCUUUUUAGGCUAAUCAAGUUGUCAAAAUAUUAACUAAUUCUAAAUUGAUAGUGAAUUUUUUCAAGCUUAUGUGAGUGUGAGAGUUUCUUCUAACAUGGAAAGAUCAUCACUCUCUUCAUCUACUAAAAGGAGAGGUAUUAAGAAAAGAGUAGUGGAAAUUCCAAUGAAGGAUGUGGAAGGGACUAAUACCCCACCGUCCGAUUCAUGGGCUUGGAGAAAGUACGGUCAGAAACCCAUCAAAGGUUCCCCUUAUCCAAGAGGAUACUAUAGGUGUAGCAGUUCAAAGAAUUGUCCGGCGAGAAAACAAGUGGAAAGGAACCAUGAGGACCCCACGGUGCUUCUUGUAACAUACACUUCCGAUCACAACCACGCCGUGCCGCCACCUAGAAGCUACCGUAAUACUAGCAACGCCGCUGCGUCGAACAAAGACUCUGAAUCAGAGCAGGAGGCUGAACCUGAAACUGAGGAGAUAUUUGCGGAUCUUGGAGAGGUGUCGUUGAUGGCUACCGCGGAUGGGUUAGGCGGAUGGUUGGGGGAAGUGGAGGCGAUUGCGUCGCCGGGGGUUUUGGAGUGUCCGGUUUUCUCGGAGCAGGAGGUGUCGAUGUUGGGGGAAGAGGAGAUGUCGCUGUUUGCGGAUUUGGGGGAGUUACCGGAGUGUUCGGCGGUGUUUUGGAGAGGGAGGAGGAGUGCCGGCGAUGUGAGUGUGGGACCACUGGUUGAGGCAAAUUGCUCACUGUGACACGUGUCGUAACCUCUACAUUUUUCAUUUUUUUGUUUUUAGUUUUCCGGGUUUGUUGGGUUUAGUUUGGAAGAAACAAAAUACAAGUGGAUAUAUGCAGUUGGGAGAUUCUGUCUCCACGUGCUUGUAAUUAUUAUCAACUACAAUCCAAAUAAGUUCAUAACUUGCA